UCGCAAUGUCGUUGAGCGGGGAGGCGGUUCUAGUGUGUCUGCGGGGCGUUCCUGCGGCAGACUGGCUCCGGGUGAUCCUGUGCCGGGCGGAGUGACUCCGCUCUCGGGGAAGGGGGGGUCCCGUCCACGAGAGGAGCAUGAGACUGGAAGCGAACCCUGCUUGAUAUGCGGGAGAAGUCCUUAAUCCUUGGCGUUUGUCUGCUGGUUGUUGUCUGGGUGGUAGAACCGUAACUGUACGCAUUCUAGUAGAAAGGGGGAGAGGAAGGCGAACGUCAUUCCCUCGACAUGAAGUGUGACAAAUGCACUAAGAAGGAAUGUAGUAAAAAACGGAUAAAUGACGAAAACGAAAGUCUGGUCAUCGACACGAAAAGCUCAAGCAGCAGUGAUAUAGACGAGGAAAGUGAAUUUCAUAAGUUGGCGAAUGCAAAAAUAUUCCUUACUGACUGCCUGGCUUGUGAAAAUUGCGUGACGCCCACGGAAGGUUCGCGGAUUGCCCAGCAAUACCAGGAGUUUUUAACUGUGCUUGACCUCAAUCAGAGAUGUGAUGAGUCCAAACAUAAAGUGCUGGUAGUUUCAAUUUCCCCUCAGUCACUGCCCUAUUUUGCUGCUAAGCACUGUAUAAAUGUUGCUGAUGUAACCCAAAGACUUUCUGGAUUCUUGAAAAGCAUCGGGGUUCAUUAUGUCUUCAAUAUGAUAUUGGCAGCUGAUUUCAGUCUUCUCGAGAGUCAAAGAGAAUUUGUUCAGCGCUUUUACCAGAGAAGCCAAAACCAACAUGCUUUACCAAUGUUUGCCUCUGCUUGCCCUGGUUGGAUUCGUUAUGCUGAAAAAGCCCUGGGGAGCCUUGUACUUCCACACAUCUGCACUGCCAAAUCCCCGCAUCAAGUCAUGGGAUCCCUGAUAAAAGACUAUUUUGCUAAAAAGCAGCAUCUCCCUCCUGAGAAGAUCUUCCAUGCAGUCAUUACUCCCUGUUAUGACAAAAAAUUAGAGGCACUAGGGGAAGAUUUUUACAACAGUGUUUGCAAGAUACAGGAUGUUGACUGUGUACUAACUUCAGGUGAAGUCGCACAGAUGAUGGAUCAAAAAGGUUUCCAGCUAACAGACGUGGAGCCGAAACGUUCAGACAAUUUAUUUGAAGAAAUUAGUGAUGUAGCUAUUGCAAGGCAUGAUGGGAGAGGAUCUGAUGGCUUCUUGGAACACAUUUUUAAAUAUGCUGCUAAGGAAAUCUUUGGCAUUGAAGUGAAAGAAAUUAUCUACAAAACACUCAGGAAUAAAGACUUUCAAGAAGUCACGCUGGAAAAAGACGGGGAGGUUGUUUUACGAUUCGCAGCCACGUAUGGAUUCAGGAAUAUUCAGAAUAUGGUGCAAAAACUGAAGAAAGGGAAAUUUCCUUACCACUUUGUUGAAGUUCUUGCAUGUCCAGGCGGAUGCCUCAAUGGAAAAGGUCAAGCCAUGACUGAAAGUAGAAAAAUGGACAAGGAUUUGCUUCAUCAAAUGGAGGAUGUGUACAGCAGUCUACCAGUUCACUUGCCAGAAACUGAUCUGCAUGUACAAAUGCUUUACCAAGAAUGGUUGGAGGGAAGAAAUUCCACCAAAGUUCAUGAAGUCCUGCACAGACAGUACCAUGUAUUAAGUGAGGCACUGACUAGUGUGGACAUCAAAUGGUAGGUCUGCUGGUGCUGGAGAGCCAAGUUUUGGAACCCCAGUUCCGAAUUUCUCGAAGGAACAUUGGCAGUGUCUGUCAAAGGUGCAAUUUGGCUGACAAAACAUCGGUCAGUGAUGUUUUAUACCAUGACAUUGUCACUGCAAGAAAUAUAGACUUGAAUAAUGUAAUUAUCCAGCCCUUCAGAUAAAUCUGAGGAGAUGUGGAAAACACAAGCCACUUGAAUGUUUCUGUUGUUCAUGCUUGCUUUCAAAUUAAUAUAUUGUGUAAACAAGGUCAUAAUUAAGUCAGAAGUUAUCAUCUCAGAUGGAGAAAUGCAGACCUUCAUUGAUAGAAGAAGAAUUCCUCAAAUACAGUUCAAUUCUAGAACGUGCUGGUCUAUUCUGUUCUUGUAAUACUUUCAAGGUGUGGAAGGGAAAUUGUUAUUGAUCUAAAUCUAUAUUUAACCUUGAAAUCAUGAAUGGAACUGCAUGUCAUUUACAGUCAUUGGUGCUUUUCAGAUCUGUCUUUGCACACACACAGCACUUCACAUUGAGAACCCACAAGACUACCUCUUGAUUCAAUGUUAAGUCCACGGAAUGCUUUGCUGCAAUUCUGGGUGGAUCAGUUAGUGGAAGUUUAAGUUAGAUUUUUUUGAUCCUGUUCCUCUAGGUUUGAACUUGAGUCCUGUGAGUUCUUAAAUCGGUAUUAUCUGUUAAUUUUAAAGGUGCACUUCUGAAGUUCAGUAGUUGCGCUGCUGACAAUUAACUGCUGACUCAGUUAAAAAAGUUUUGUAACUGUCAAGUUCAUCAGUUGUUUUGUAACGUGUUCUGAGUGCAAACACUUAGUGGCCUCAAAAAUAGUUUGGUCUUUCUUUCGUACCUGCAGGUUUUGAACAUAUUGGUUCAAAUGUUUCCAUUUAAUAUCAGAGAAUGUAUACAUUGUACAACCUGAAAUUCGUGCUCUUUGCAGAAACAUUAGAACUCCAAGCCCCACUUCUUCCCCUCCCAUGCACAAGCAGCAGCAAAGCAUCAACCCUCCCAACACUCCACUUAUUUCAGCAAAAAGCAUCAGCACCCACUACCCACUAAGCAAGCAAUAGCAAAGCCCCCCCUCCCAAAGAGACCAUGAUCUGCAGUACAACAAAAACUACUCAUUCACCGGACAAUUCGACAUGUGACAGGCUCUUUCUCUCCCUAAUAAAGGGACAGAGAGAUGUCAUGCAGCGACACCUUUCUUUGUUGGGGAGACUAACAAAACAAAAAAAACUUGCUGAUUGCAACGUUAUAGUCUGCCACACCACUUUUUUCCCCUGAGUUCUUCCCCACCAGCGACAGCAAUCAGAGUACAGAAGCUUCCGACAGCUGACCCAUUGCUUGCGAUGUUCUGUUUUCUGCUGCGACGCUUCAGUUGGCGACGCAAGAAUGGAAUAGAGCCUUAGAACCCCGAACGUGCACACGCCUUCCAGGCUACGUCCUUGCCAUAUUGGAAAAACAGCUGGUCAGUGAACCCCGAGAAUGGGAAUCAUUUCCAUAAAGAACCACAGUUUGAGUGCAGCUAUAGAUUGAGGACUCUGACAGGACCCCAUCCAUUUUGAAAGGGGGGAAGAAAGACAUUAAAGGAAGAAAUUAAACCUUUUGUAGAUGAGCUUGAAGAAGCUGACUUCUGGUGCCAUUAUAGCUCUGCCCAGUAUUGUGUAAGUUGUUUCAUUGCCUCCAAAUUAUUGAGCGAAAUAAGUAUUCCACUCAAUAUACACUAUUCCCAUAUCAAUCUAUCAAUACAAAAUUAACAUGGAAGAAUAUGGGAGCAACAUAUUUGUUGGUGUUAUAAAAUUGCACAUCCUUGCAGCUUAAUGUUUGUCAUUAAUUUAUAUAAUAACUACCUUUAAUAUUUUAUUCUUUUGCAAAUGUAAAGAACAUACCUACUUUAUCAUUGAGGCAAGAAUGCAAACUUUAAGUCACAAAACCCAUUUAGAACCAAGAAAAGGCAAUUAUUUUGAACUCCCACAACAGAUGCCCAGAGAUGAUUCUAAAAUGGUAUCUUAUUCUGUAUAACUCAUGGAUGAAUAAUAAUUGUACAACAUUUUGACUUUGUAAUAAACCUUUCUAUACUUGAGAUUGUACAUGAGAAAUUUAUAAGUGCUAAUGUUAAGAAAUGGAUUCACACAGUCUGAGCUUUAUCUGUAUAAAAUCAACAAAAUUCUGUAAACUCAACAGCAGUUUUGUGCAUGUGUUGCUUUAAUGUGAAAAUUAGUUUGUUUUAUCUGUAAUUGCUUAAAAGGAAGUAGCAAAAUUAAUAUUCAUGAAAUAUUCUGGCAUAAAGCAGCACAAAUUAAAAAAAAUACAUUCCAGUC